CUUCAUGUAAUUUUUUAAAAGCUUUUUUGUUAAGUUUCUUUUGUAUAUUUUUGUUAUCUAAAUCUAGUUUUAAAUAUUUUAAAUCUUAUUUUAAAGUUUUAUUUAGAUUUAUGUGUUAACUUAAAUUUUAUAAACAAAACUUAAUAUAUUUAUGAGAUGUAAUUUUUAUAAGGAUUAAACAAUAAACAAGAAAAUAUUUAUGAAUCAUAAAUGUAAUGUGUAAUUGUAAUGACCAAAAUAGAAAUAAAAAUAUGAAACUUUAAAUUUGAAAUAUUGAAGUUUCUUUUUGAAAAGCAAAAACUUUAUAUUUGAAGUUAUAGAGUAUCUUUUGGAGAUGUUCUAAGUAAAUAAACGCAAUGCAUUCACAAUUAACAUAGAACAUUAGGAAACACUCCAUUCAUGUUCAAUGGACCCGCGUCAUCCGUCAAAAAUGAGAGUCUGUAUUUGGACAUUUUCCUUUUUUUUUAAACUAUUUCUUGAUUCGGAUCGCAUUGCAAAUGAUUUGGGAACCAUAUUUAAGACCAGACCUCUAAGAUGAUAAAACGUUUCACUUUGUGUAUCCGUUUCAGACUUCAUACAAACCGAGCUAAAAUUGUAUUGGGUAUAAGUUGAUUAGUACAUAUGCAUUCCCUUGCAUAGUUUCACCUGAUCGUGUAAGAGUGUUAGAUUCCAAACAAAUUAGAAAAUGCAUAUACAUAUCAGCUAUUUUUUUUCAUAUUCCAAAUUUAUUAGAUUUUUCUUUUCUUUUCAAACUAGAAACAUCGAUCUUGAAAUUCAGUCUUAAUUAAAAUUAUCAAAGAUUGAUAUUAUAAUAUGGCAGCCUUAUCUAUACUAUUAAAAGGGAAUCACUCCUAAAAAAUCUACUUAAACAAGGUUGUUGGACCAUUUCAUUAGACUUAACUAUUUAUUUGGUCUUAACUUAUAUUUCUCUAACUAUAUAAAUACUUUACAUAAUUUAAAUGAAUUCAUUUAUUAUUUUCUCAUAAUCUAUUAUAUAAUUGCUCUAACAAUAAAUUCAUAUGAAUAUAUGAUAGAUUAUUCAAAUGUGAUCAUUACCGCAUAUAAUUCUAUUAAUAGUAUAAACUUUUAAUGGUUUAGUUAUGUUUAAUAGGUAUAUAAUUUGUAUUUUAAAAUUUUAAGUAUUCAUUUGGUCCUUACUUUGGUUUAUAUUUUUUCUAUGCUCGAUUAUUUAUGAAAUUCAGCUUAAUUUUGAGUUUUUUUUCAGUUUAGUACGGUUCAGUGUACUCGGGUAAAUGUACUCAAACCUAUACAUUAUCUCUUAUAUAAGAAAAAUGUAUUUAAUUUCAAAAAUAAACCCGCGCUUUCUAAGCGCGGGUCAAAAUCUAGUUAUAGUGUUAAUAAUAAAACUACUUGUUUGCAAAAUGUCAACGAAUAGAAAAAUUUCGUACAGGAAAUGCAUGACAGACCAAUUUAAACAUAAUGUAAGUCAUUGAAUACUUAGAGGAUCGAGUUAUUCCUCCGAAAGAGGAGAUCUAAUCCAUGUUCCUCACGUCACGUGCGACGUGCGUACCUUGCAUUUACUUAGGCUUAAAUAUCGGCACAAACUUGUUGUAAUAAUGCUCCAGUAUUAUUUAUUCUCUUUUCACGAUAUGCAUUAUUGCAAAUAAUAAUAUCUUCUUCACAAAUAAAACAAGGGCUUAUUUGCCAAAUAACCAAAAAAAAAGUAAUUCGAUUUUUAGUAAAAAGUUAGAGAGAGAUAGGAAGAGAAAUAAUGAGAGAGAGUAUUUUUGGUUAGAUAAUGGGUUUGUGUUUUUUUAGGGUUUUUAGUAAUUAAAACCCUCAACUAAAGGUUUAUUGUACAUCAAACCCCCAACUAUUUAUGUUGUAUUUUAACCCCCCAACUUCGAUUCCGUUAGCACGUGUAACCCUCCGUUUACGGUGUCGUGAUUUAUAGACAUAAACCGUUAACCCAGAACGCUGCGUUUCAUUUAAGAGAUAAAACAAGAAGUCUUCUCGCAAACCACACGACGUUUGUUUAAAACGGCGAGACAUCUCAAUUCCGAAUCAAGAUAUUCAUUGAUCGAAGAAAACAGUUCAGAAACCCCAAUUUCGACGAAUCCUAAUUUUGUACCUUUGAGAAUCUCUUGCUCAGACAUGAUUUUUAUGUGUUUGUGACUUCAGAAAAGAGUGUCUGAGCUGAUCUGGGAACAAAAGCAGAGUCGGGGCUUGCAAGAUGUUAAGGUAAUAGAGUUUUGUAUUUUCUAUUGAAAUUUUGAAUCUUGUAGAAUUAUGGUUGAUGUAAACUUUUAAUUGAUUACAUGACAAGUUUUUUCCGAGCACACAUCAGAGGAUAUUGGGGGUGGGGGGUGAUGGAUCGUAUAAUGGAGGCCAGACAAGAAGUCUUCGACUUGAUUAUGAAGUGUCGAGUAUAGCGAUGUUAAAAAAGAUGGUGUUGGAUGCAGGGUUUUCAGAAAAUAUGAGUAUGUUUUCUUACUUCCAAAAUGGAGUAGUUGGCGAGAAUCGUAAGGAAUUGUAUGGUGAUAGUGACGUUGAAGAGAUGAUUAGAGGUUCAGUAGAGGUAGAAUCUUUGAAUCUGUAUGUGGUUAGAGAAGAUGACCCAUAUCUUGAGGAUGUACUCCUUGGAGAAGUUGGAGAAGAAGAGGAAGAACAGGAUGAUGGUGAGGAGUUUGAUUUUUACGGUGAUGAUUAUGUGGAGAGCGAUGGAUCAGAUGAUGAUGAUGGCACUAAGAUAGUCUUCUUUGGGGGAGAAAGACUUGUUGUUUUAUCUCUUAAAUGAAACGCAGCGUUAUGGAUUAACGGUUUCUGUCUAUAAAUCACGACACCGUAAACGGAGGGUUCCGCGUGCUAACGGAAUCAAAGUUGGGGGGGGGGGGUUUAAAUACAACAUAAAUAGUUAAGGGUUUGAUUUACGAUAAAUCUUUAGUUGGGAGUUUUAAUUACUAAAACCCAUUUUUUUAUGGCUAUAGGGUGCAAUUUCCCAAAAACAAAUAAAACAACCACAAUGGUAGAUACACUAUAAAAGGCACAAAAUACAAUUGCAGACAAGCUUGAAUUAAGAGCAAGAAGUUUUCUUUCAGCUAUUUUAUAUGUCGAUUCUACACCUUCAACUAUUUUAUAUGUCAAUUCUACACCUCAGGUUUUGGCUUUGAAAACAGGUUGGUUCAGUUACUUAGUUUAGAGUCUAUUGUAAAAAAAAGGGUAGAUAUAUAGUUGCUCAAAGUAACUUUAAAGUAUGGUUGUUUAGUUAAUGUGUAAAAUUAAAGUAUACUAACAAAGUCUCGAUUGAACCCAAAAGUGUAAUAUAUGCAUUUAGCUGAUGCUUUAUCAAAAUUUUAACACAUCAAAUUACCUUUAAUUAGAAAUUGGCAUAUGACCAACAUAUAGUUUAAAACGGCCAUAUGACUAAAAUAUGAUUCGACUAGUUUGUAGAAUUAUAGCAUAAUAAAAAUGGUGAAAUAACCAUUUUGUACGAUAUUGUCAUCUAUGUAUAGCUUAAUUAAAAAAUAGCUGAAAAUGGGAUGGAGUUAUCGUUAAUUUGUCCUAGCAGACUCAGAACGGUGUAGUUAAUUAGUAUCAAUCAAUAUGGAUAUAAUAAAGUUAGAUCUUAAAAUGCAUAUACAAAUGUGAACAACAGUCGAGCCUUAAUCAUAUUAAUUACCCGGCUGAGUACAUACUAAUUAACCAUAUCAAGGAAAAACAUAAUCACAACGGUAUCAUCUUUAUUGCUUACAUACAUUAUUUAUAUUAUAUAUCUAAUUCAUAAUGAAGUUGACCAUGAUAUAUUAUACGAUUUCUUGUCACUUUAAAAAAAAGUUACGUAUACAUAUACACAUACAUAAUAAGAUUUUUCUGUUUCAUAAAGACACCAAACAUGACAGAUCGAGAUAAGAUAAUUAACCAUAUUCUCGUUAAUAAAAAAAAAGAGAUAUAUUACUUCCUUCAUUUUGAAAGAAAAUGUACAUGUGUGUUGUAUAUAUAUUACCCAUGAGAUACAACAUAGUUUCAGAAUUCUUCCCUAUACAUUUGUUCACACCCGAAAGACGAACCCUAAACACAAAAGGAAGCAGUAGUUAUCAAAAUGUCGCAGUUUUUGUACUCUCUAACGCUCGUCUUCGUUUUCCUCGCAUCAGCAAACACACAAAUAACAGCAGACACUUCACCAUCCUACUCCAAAAACCACAAAAUGUUCGUGAAGACAGCAUGCAAUUCGACAACAUACCCUGACAAAUGCUACAAGUCCUUAUCCUCAUACUCAUCUACCAUCAAAUCCGACCCGAUAAAGCUAUGCACCACAGCGCUCAAGCUCAACGUGAAUUCCGCAAAAGAAGCAGCUUCCGUCAUCUCUAAGCUUCUCAAAAAGUCUCAGAAAUCCGCAGCCGGACGAAAGAAUAAAAUGUUACCGGAGAAGCUUAUCCUCAGGGACUGCCUUGAGGAGAUGAGGGACACAAUUGUUGAGCUGAAGCAAGCGAUCACAGAGAUGAAGACUCUACGAGAUGGUGACUCUGUGCCUGAGCAUAUGACGAACGUCAGGACAUGGGUGAGCGCGGCAUUGACGGACGAAGGGACUUGUACGGACGGGUUCGAAGAGAUAAAAGUGAAUAAAGAAACUAAGAAGAAGGUAACGAAGGUUGUUGAGGAACUUGCAACGACGACUAGUAAUACUUUGGCGCUUAUUACAAAUCUAAGUUACUAGCGAACGAUUAUAUAAAAUAAAAUUAUUGUUAAUGAAUUAUUACGCGCGACCACCUUGUGCAUGUUUUUCUUUUCUACACGUCAAAACUGAUGUGUGUUUACCACAUAAUAUUGUAACAAUGUUAGAGUUAAUUUGAUUAAGACAAAUUAUAUUAUAAAGAUAUCGUGUUUUUACUAUUACCUAAGAACUUAUCAAGAAUAUGUACGGGGUGGACGAGCAGUUAAAACCCCUUCCAAAAUAGCACAUUUUUGCUGUGUCCAGAAUUUCAGAUCGUAUCUGCACAUGCUCCAUUUAAUUUUCAUCAAAUUUAUUUUUUGUUUCUUAAAAUUCAGCACGUACCGGAAGUACGAAGAUAUUUGAUGGUGAAUUAUUUGAAAGACAUUUAUUGAAUAGAUAAAGAGACGAUUCGAACAAAAACUCUAGCCAUCAAGAGAAAAAGAGAGAUAUUUUAAUAGUUUUAAACUAAUGGCCAUAGGUUUCUAUAGUUCCGACACCGGAUUGUUUGAUUAGUUUUAUUUCUUUUUCUUUGAUUUGCGUUACUUCCGGUCACUUUGGUUGUUUGAUUACCAAUUUAUUUUAAAUCUCGCAAGAAAAAAAAAUUAUUGUUUUUUGUAUGUUUUUUCCAAUGGAUUUGGUAAGACAAAAUUUUUGGUUCAAUUGAACAAUUUAGAAAAGAUAAUUGACAGAUCUACUCUGGAUGGUGGCGACAGGUUUUACCGGCUUUAAUCGUUGAUGGUUCUUUAUUUGAUGGUGAUGAAGUUCUUGCUGCAAACUAUGGUUACUUCGAAAGGCAUUAUGAAUGGAACGAGAGUGGCAAUCGUUCUCAAUUCAGUCUGAAGCGUGGUAUUUUUGGAUUAAUACGAAUAUUAUCUCUCUUGAGAUUCAACUGUUCUAGAAGAAAUAUAGAGCUUUUAUAUGAAAAGUAUUUAGUCAUCCAUACGCAAAAUAGAUGUGUGUUGUUACUUUGGAUCCCUACUAUUGUAUCCAUUUUCUACAUUUAUUUUGAUAGUUCCCAUGCAUUGUUAAGAACUCUUUGCCUAAAAGGCUUAAUAAUAAAAUUCAGCGUUAAAAAAUAAAAUAAUGAGACGACAAGGUGAUUGAUCGAGUUUCUUUAAAAGAUGAAUAUUUCAGCAACACAAAUAACAAUGUAAAACCUACCUCUUGUGUCGAAAUUUUAUGUAAAUUUUUGAAUGUCUUUCUCGGUUCUAGGUGUCUCCCUAUUAUACAUGUCAUCUUUCAUUUUCUCUCCUAAGUCAGCUUAACUUUACGCCGAACUUAGCUCAGUUGAGCCGACAUCACUUGAUAUGUACCAAGUAAUUCUGUCUAUUUGAUAGGUUUUGUCAGAGAGAUGUAAUCUAUCUCAAAUAUAUUUUAGGGCUCAAUGUCUUUGUAAAUUUUCAAAACAGAGACAAAUUUAUGAUAAUCUCUUAUAUAUUAAAAGGCAUGCAUUGGCUUUAAUGUAUUCACACUACCUUCGCCACGUGGCACUCUCACGUUCAUUUAGAAGAACUUAUGUUGACGUGUUUCUUUAAUAGAGCACCUUACAAUUUUGUUUCUUAUUUUGAUUAAAAGCUAUAACAAACGUUUUACAUCGUCGAUACUCUUAUGUUUCACGUAGGUUUUUGAGUUUUCAAAAUUUUGAAAAGUUGUAUCGAAGUGGAGGGUUAUGAAAAGGUGUUCACAAUGCAUCACAUCCUUACGCAGUUCUCUGGCCACACUCUCUUGGACAACAACAGUGCUUGUCAUCUUCUUCCUGAUGUUAAGCUUAUCUCUGGUCAUCUCUACUAUCUUGUUCCUACAACAACGAAAAAAAAAAAAGACCAAGAAAGUAAUGUUUGUGGAUCCUGAGGUAAAAGAAACCCAAGAUUACUAGCUAAGAGAAGGUGUAUGUAGCCGAUCACACUGGUGAAAGAACCAGAAACACUGAUAGUGAUGACAAUAAGAACGUGAGUGUUAUGAGAAUGAAGAUCGUUGUGAGUAAGCAAGAGUUAGAGAAGCUGCCCCAAGGAUGGUCAUUCCAUGAAAUGGUCUACCAGACUCUUGAGAAACAAACUUUGCUUUCUGAUGAUGAUAAUCUUCAAUGUAAGACCAAGAAAGUAAUGUUUGCGGAUCCUGAGGUGGAAGAAGACGCAAGAUUACUAAGAGAAGGUGUAGCCGAUCAUACUGGUGAAAGAACCAGCAACACUGAUGGUGAUGACAAUAAGAACGUGAGUGUUAUGAGAAUAAAAUCGUUUUGAGUAAGCAAGAGUUAGAGAAGCUGCUCCAAAGAGGGUCGUUCCAUGAAAUGGUGUACCAGACUCUUGGGAAACAAACUUUGCUUUAUGAUGAUAAUAAUCUUCAAUGUAAUAUAUAUAUAUACUAGGGCCGGCCUACGGGUGGGAUGAAAAUUAACAAAUAAUUUAAGUAGUUAGAGUAAAUAUUUAAUAUGAAUUAUUAUUAUUUAAAAAUAUAAAUUUUGUACAUGUUAUUAUUGUAUUUGAAGAUUAACUGAACCAUGUUAUCUGAAAAUUUAGUUAUAAUUUUUCAAAAUAAAUAUUACUUGUUAUUUUUCAAAAUAUGAUUUUUUUUAUUAAAAGGUUUAAGAUGAUUUUCUUUUAUUAAAUAAUAUAUGUUUUAAUCAUAUAUUAAGAAUUGGAUGUGGCAUUACAUCAUUUCUUAUGAUUUUUUAGAGUUGGAUGACCAUAAAAAAACCCGUGAGAUUCUUUUUUUUCAUUUUUGUUAGAAGAAACAAACUUGUAAAUUAAAUUCACAUAUUUUUUCCUUUAAUUUUAUAUACUUAAGUAGAUUAUCUCAUGUUUUUACUAAAUUUAGUUUUUACAGUAGAUUAUUAUUAAAAUUUGUUUGAGUUAAAAUGUAUAAUUAUUAUAAAAUUAUUUAUGUAAUAUUAGUUAUUUAAUUAAUAUAUUUGACCCAGAUAAUAUAAAAUGUAAAUGUAUUUAAAGUACACAAUUAUAUUAUUGUAGAUUUUCAUAAUUUUGUCGUGUGAUCUAUGUAACUAUAUUAUUGUAGGUUUUUUCGUAAAAUUGAACUUGGUAACCACAUAUAAAAAAAAAGAAUUAUUUGUAAAAUUUAUUUUUUUAUUUAUGUUGGUCGGAGUUUAAAAUAAUAUCUUAAAUAGAUUUUUCUUUCUUUUUUUGUUCUUAAAUUUUUUUGCUACUUAUUCUUGAAGUAACAUAAUCUAAAAUCACAUUUCGUAUUUUUGGUUUUCUUUCAGCUCAAAAAGACUAAGUAAAAUAGCAAAAAGGAGAAAAGAAUAACAAAGCAUAUCCACCAUAUAGGAGCUCCUAAAAUCACAUUCUCUAUUUUCUGUAUCAUUUGAGAAUCAAACACCUCAAUCUCCACCUGAGGACUCAGAUUUACAAUGUAAAAAUUCACACUUUUUGAGCUAUUCAGUUACCGGAAGAUGACAAAUAUAUGUGGUUUUCGCAGUUUUGAUGAUAGCUGCUGAAAAAGAAACAUUAAUUAAUUGCAAACAAUAAAUCAAAUUUCAAAUGAAACAAACCAUAGAUUCUAUUACAAUUUGGGAAAGGAAAAAAAUCCACAUGGCAUACCUUCGAUUGCAACUUGAAAAAGAAAAACAAAAGGCUGUAACACAGGAGUUAACUAUUUUUAAAAAAAAAAAUACCAAAAAAUUCGUAAGAACAAAAAAGAAAAAAAAAUCCAAUUAAAUAUUAUUUUUUCAUGUCUUCUCAAACUCCGACCAACAUAAAUGAAAAUUAAAUUUAAAAAUAAUUCUUUUUUAUAUGGUUACCAAGUUUAAUUUUAUGAAAAUAUACAAUAAUAUGAUUGCAUACAUGACACGACAAUCAACAUCCCGCACAUAGCGCAGACCUACCUAAUAUAUAAAAUAGAAUUGAUUUAAAGGUUCUAAGAAUGUCUACUCUACAUAGACAAAAAAAAUAGCCCAUCAUUUGUAAUAAAUAAUAACAUAUCAUUUAUACUAAUAAAUAAUAAAAAUUACCAAUAAAAGUGUCAAAUUGAUAUCCUUGUUGUUUUCUUAAAUGUUACUUUUAUUAAAAAAAAAGUAAUUUCAAAAUCAAAUAAAAAAUAUAAUAAAUUAUCGGAAAAAACUAACAAAAAGAAAAAAAAUCAUAAAACGCUAAAACUAUAUAUGUCAAAAUAAUAAAAAUAAAUUAAAAAUAACUUAAAAGAGCAUUUUCAAUACAUUUCCUUAAGCAUGUCAAAAUAU